GACCGCGAGCUGUCCGCUGUUUUGCUAAAGCCGUAUGUAGAUAGUUAAACAGAAGCUUGGCUAGUCGGACUUUGCCAUGCUCCGUAUUUUUCUUCUCCUCUUGGCCGUGGGGUCUCUCCGUGGGAAAAAACUGGAAUAUGUAACCGUGUUGUUUCGACAUGGCGACAGAUCACCAGUGAAAGCCUAUCCCACUGACCCACACCAAGAGAGCGCCUGGCCUCAAGGAUUUGGACAGCUAUCACAGGAAGGGAUGCGGCAACACUUAGAGCUGGGUCAGUUUCUCAGGAAGCGUUAUGACGGCUUUCUCAAUGAAAGCUAUGUCCGACAUGAGAUCUCAGUCCGCAGCACAGACUAUGAUCGCACCCUGAUGAGUGCCGAGGCCAACCUUGCAGGUCUUUACCCCCCCAAUGGUGAGCAGGUCUUCUCACCAAACAUAAAGUGGCAGCCCAUCCCCAUCCACACAGUUUCGCAAAGUGAAGAGAGGCUGCUGGCCUUUCCUCAGAGAGAUUGCCCUCGUUUCGAAGAGCUCAUGAAGGAGACUGAACAAACUGAAGAGUUCCUUAACAUCACAUCUGCUAACAAGGAUAUUAUGGAGCUUGUAGGGAACAAAACUGGACUGAAGACGACGACUGUGGAGUCAGCCUGGAGUGUGUACGAUACACUCUUUUGUGAGUCACGCCACAACAAAUCAGCUCCUGAUUGGGUGACCCCUCCUGUCUUGGCAAGCCUCCGCUUCCUGAAGGACUUUGGAUUUCGAGUUUUAUUUGGGGUCUACAACCAGCAGGAGAAGAGUCGGCUGCAGGGAGGGAUCUUAUUGGGUGAAAUAGUAAAGAAUAUUUCGCGAGUUGCUGUAUCUCAAGAAAAGCAGCGUCUGAAAAUGAUGAUGCUUUCUGCGCAUGACACCACUGUGGCAGCUCUGCAGGUCAGCUUGAAUGUCUUCAAUGGCAGACAACCACCAUAUGCCUCCUGUCACAUGAUUGAGCUAUAUUCGGAUGACAACGGGUCUCUGUCGGUGUCCAUGUUUUACCGGAACGACAGCACAGUUGAGCCGUACGCGCUUCAGUUGCCAGGUUGCUCUCUCGACUGCCCCCUGGAGGAGUUUGUAAAAAUUACAAAGCUCUCCAUUUCUGAGGACAGAGAAAGAGAAUGUCAGGUGGCUUCAAGUGGGAGCAAUAAAGAGGUGAUCAUCACUCUGGCAGUGUCGGGAUGCCUGCUGCUGAUCCUCAUCGUCAUCCUCUUCCUGUCCAUCAUUCGCCUCAAGGAGCCAUUGGGUAACCAGGGAUAUCGCCGGAUCAUUAACCACGGGGUGGCUGAGGAGUCCUGACAGAAGUACAAGGUCCUCCAUUGCAGACAAACGAGCUCCCCAUCAUGGGACAGCAGCGAUGAUGAUCAUGAUGAUGAUGAUUAUAAUGACAACGAACUUUGACCUCUUCCAUGGAGUGUCAUCAACCAUUUUUUAACCCACUGUGGCUGUUUUUUGUUUGUUUGUUUUUUUGACUACCAAGAUUGGGGCUUGAAGAAAAUUUUACAAUUGACUCCUGAACCUGUUACGAUGACAAAUUCUUGGAGAAUUCUUGAGAGACGUUUACCUUUUAACGUUUUUGUUUUUUUUCCUCAUGCUUUUCUGAUUUGUAUCAAAGUUGAUGGGAUCUAUGGUAUGAUUCUGUUUGGUGCAAUUGUGCUAAUGAACAUCAAGAAAGUGUACCUAGAGAGGUGACCUUUAUUUUUUGCAUCAGUGUUCAUUGUUUGUUCAUUUGUUUUAGCAUAAGUUAAACAGAGAUCAAAUGACCAUUAUGCCUUAAAUAAUUGCAGUCAUUCUAGCUUUUAUGAUAUGGAUUUUAUAUGAACCCUAUGUGUUCACUUAAUUUGAUUUUGAAAAUUUCUCGUAGCUGGAUUAUGUGGCACAUGUGGCCAAAAUAAAAAAUUCAUUUGGUGAACUGCUGUACAAGCGCCUAUUUUUAAGCUGUGCGUUAUUGAAUUUGAUUGAAGAUAAUGUAAUAGUGCUUUUGUGUUGUAGUUGUGUGACCUUGCUUUUUAAUAUUUUCACUCCCUCAAAUAGUUCGAUUUCAUCAGAGGAGUCAGAUGCCAUGUUUUCUGACAGUUGCUCAUUGUUUUGUGUCAGCAUGUUUUAAAGUGCUUGUAAGUUUUGCAACUCUAAUUUUUGUUUACUGCAGUUAGAACAGAUUUAAUUAAUUAUGUUUUAAUACAAAUGGGAGCACAUACAAAAAAUGUUGUAAUUCCCAAAUGACCACCAGAGGUAGUUGCGUGGUCCUUGUUUUAUUGAUUAGCCUCCAAAGUCACUGGACUGUGUAUGAUUGUACACGUAGGUACUAUUUGUUACUCUUUUUCUGUAAAAGUAAAGAAAUAAAACGAAUUUUUGCA